CACACACACACACAUGGACACUUAGGACUUGUUUUCACAGCAACUAUGACGAGGACUUAUUCGGUGAUGUGAGCUUCACGGCUUACCGCAAAUGCGUCCUGUCAUCAGACAUUAGUGAGGAUAUUUUGCAAAAAAAGGGACAAAAAGGACAAGCUGCACGGGCGCAAAAUGGAUCUCAAUCCAAUCAGAGGUUUAUCCGAUGUCCCGUGAGUGGUGCCACCCACCCUGGUACCGCCUACCCCGACAUGGACCCCGCUCAUUCCUUUAGGAUGGAGCCGGACGGGCUGGACCUCCAGCAUGUGCCGGUGUUGUCGCUCGACCAGAUCCGCACCAUCCGGGCCCACAAUGACUACGUGGAGCGCCCGGUGGCACUGGAGCUGGCGACCCAGUCUGGAUUUUUCUACCCCUACGACGAGCGGCGCCCACAUGGAAUAUACUCGCAACACCCUCCGUCGUCCCGCAAUGCGGCGCUACCCCGCAGUCAAAGUCAGCAGCACGCCCACAUGUCCCGCGUCAGUCGCUCCAGCACCGUGAGCUCCUCCAUGUCCCGGACCAGCGCCGGCUCUGACCAGAGGCUGUUGGCGGGUUUGACGCCCUCACACUCCGGCCUGACCUCUGUGGUGCGCACGCAACCGAAAGGGGAGCUCAAGGCCGACACCUCCCUCAGCAAGAUUCGGGCCGAGGACGAGCCGGGCGGGCACCAAUUCAUCUGCGAGCGCUGCGCCCGCUGCAAGUGCCACGAGUGCUGCGCCCCGCGCCGCCUGCCCUCCUGCUGGGCCUGUGGGCAGCGCUGCCUGUGUUCAGCCGAGAGUGCGGUGGAGUACGGCACCUGCCUGUGCUGCGUCAAGGGCCUCUUCUACCACUGUUCGGCUCAGGACGACGAGGACAACUGCGCCGAUCGGCCGUGCUCCUGCGCCCCGGCCCACGCCCUGGCCCGCUGGGGCACCAUGGGCCUCCUGGCUCUCUGCCUGCCCUGCCUCUGCUGCUAUCCCCCUGCCCGACUGUGCCUCGCCCUGUGCCGCAUCGCCCACGACCGGGCCACGCGACCCGGCUGCCGAUGCAGCAACACCAACACCGUGUGCCGCAAGAUCUCUGCUUCCGACCCCAACCCGGGUCAUCCCUCUGUGAGCAAGGCUGUGGAGAAGUCACUAUGACAAGCCUGGAUGGGUGGCAAGGAGAUGCCAACCAUUUACUAGUGUUCACCUACCUUGUAUGCAGCCACCUGUUCUUCAGCUUGAGAGGGACCAAAAGCUUUACCGUGCCUGUUUGCCUUGGAAACCAAAAGCUGAACCUGAAGAAGAACUGAACUGAACUGAACUCGCCUUCCUCCUUCUGCCUAAUCGGGACGUCCGACACGCAUUUAUUUAUUUAUUAACAGACCGACGCUUUGUGGUCGACAGCCGCCCCACGGACUGGAUCACCAGCUCACGGUUCUACUACAACGGAUUAGGAAAUGUAGAGACUUCCCCUGGAAAUUCGAAGGCCAAGGAACUGACAAAUUAAACAUGCAGACAGUCACAGCACAUCUGGAAAGCUUUGACACGCCCGAGAAAUGGGACCACACACGCAAUCUCAAUGCCAUUAAGCUCAUUUGUAUGAAGUGGACACACGGUACUGCACCAAAGUGGCAGGCCAUCGUGGCAAAUCGCAUUUGGGUCUGGUCGUAGGCAACCUUCUGGUUCCUGGAGGAUCAGAAUAAGGUUUUUGGAGCUAUCGACUACAUCGGACACCAAAAUCAAUGGGUUCUACAUGCCACGCCUCUAGAAAAUAUCAGAGAAAUGGCUUUGAACUGAAUCUGGCAAUCACUGGUGGUAGCUUAGCUAUUAGGCUCAUUUCUACGAAGCAGAUGCACGGUGCUGCACUGAAGUCGAGGGCCCCCAAGGCAAAUCACAGAGCUGGAUGUUGGAUUCUGGCACUGUACCCACUUUUAAUGUGGUCCUCCACCAGUUAGCAACAGUUUCCAUGUGCUACCCGUCUUGUACAAAUGCCUUCGAAGUGAACUUGUCCUCAUCCCAAGUCGAUGACAGCCUCGGACUUUUAGUGCACGCGGGUGACUUCCUGGUUCCCGGAGGAUCAGAUGGUUGAACCUACGACGACGCCCACACUUUUGACUAGUAUGCAGAAAAUCUCUUGGAAUUUGUUCUUUGAUUGAUGGUGGUGGCCUCAGACUUCAGUGCAGUACCCUACGAGGUUUUCAAUGACAGGGUGGGCUGGGUGGACAUUUGUCCUUCGAGUCUGUGUGUGUCUGCGUGUGAAGAAGGAGUUGUCUUUGUCGUCGUCUUAUUUUUAGCCUCGCCGCUACAUCUUUGCGCCGGUCCGCUCGGGUUUCUCGCUCUGUCGCGCGCGUAAAAGGCCGCUGCCCGAACCCCGGUCGGUCCUCCUCGCAUCGCUCGCUUGCCUGCGUGGCUGCCCGCCUGCCCUUUCCGCCAGUUUAUUCUAACAUCCCUCCGGCCGCGUCUGGCUCUCCUCUUUGGCCGGCCAGUGGGCUAAAAGCCUCCCGUCGAGAGUUGAUCAGACGGGCAAUUAUCUCCGUGAUUGCUCUUAAUGGGCCAGACGAGAACGCAGGAAGGAGUUGCGGUGUUCUGGCGGACGGAGAAGAAGGCGGGACGGAGGGGGGAAAAAGGACGAGGCUCAAGUUUCCUGACGUGUGUGUGUGUGUGUGUGCAUGUGUGCGCAUGUUUUCAAGUGAACGUGCGUGCGUGUGUGUUUGUGGGAUGCAUGAAAACAACACCCGACGCGUUAAAACCUUCCUUUGCCAUUCUAUUUUUAUAUGCAAUUACGAGCGAGUGGGGUUGAAAUGGUUUUUUAUUGUGCUUCCACGGUUGUCAAUUCAGGAACUUUUGCGGCCAAGAACACUGACAAAACAAUCCAAAAAGGAUGGUCAAGGAUUUAGUAGGAUUGUCUUUGCACAAAGAUGGAAAAGAUCAGAUUUGGCAGCACAACAUUGUGAAACGAUUGUUGUUUUUUGGCAGCCAAUCCGAGAAUAGACAAUGAGCUGAACCUUUAUGCAAAGUGGCAUUUGGAACUGCUCCUCUUGAAGAAACUCUUUUUCUUUGAAUAAAAACAAAACUUGAAUUCAUUCUCGGAUGUGCGCAUAGAGGUAGGUACGUGUUAUAUUUGAUAUUUCUUUCUUUCACAAAGAUUACAUACAUCAUGGGAUUUUUUCCUUUUUGGUUUGCGGUUAAGGUUAGCUCCAGCGGGUGUGGGCAACCUUUUUCCAAUCUGGGGCCAUUGCAGUCCUCCAAGGGCUAUAUUGAUCGAUUAAAAAUGAAUGAAGUUGUCUUAUUGUUAUUAUUAUGAAUGAUGUCAGUUUUCUUUUUUUCUAUUUCAAUGGUUGGCCGGAUCAAAACAUCUUAGACGAAGGAGCUGCAUGUUGCCCAUUCACUUUCGGUUGCCCACUCCCCACCUCACUCAGUAUAACCACGACACAUGCUUUCGGUACACAAUUGGCAUUCGCUUUGUUCAUUGUAGAGAAAUGUAAGGAGAGUACAGUAUAUCGGAGCAAAUAUAAAUCGAGGUCUAUCUCAAAGUCGAAUCUUAUUCUUAUUACGAUGAUACGAGCAGUACGCGUUACUUUGCCGAUGUGGUGUUCUUGUUUAUUUAUUUACAGACGAAUGGCCACCUUUGGCGUGUAAUACGAGAUGACGAGCGUGCCAGUCGUUUGGCAUUUUGUUGUUGUUGUUGUUUUUCUGGCUUUUUGGUGCGGCUGCCGACGAGCAUCCAAUAAAGAGGAGCUUUCCAAACGAGCAUC